AUUGUCUCAGUAGAGCGAGGAACGAACUCAGCAUUUUCUAGUCAUACUUUCGGGAUCACUGACUGCGUCAGCACACUGACCAGUCUCGGACUUUGCUGGCUCUUUCGAAACUUAAACUUGCGAAUCGGGAUAGUAUGAAUAAUCAGACUCAGAAAUCGGGGUUCCCUUGUGAUCAGAGAAAGCGACACGGGGUAAAGUGUAAAGCGAUAUUUCCGUCACAAAGCCUUCUAGGUCGACACUUGGAAAUGUUCCACACAUUCGACACCUGCAAUGUGGGAGAUUGCCGUGUAAAAAUAAUCAAGGGCAAUCCUAUCAAGAUGCAGCGUCAUCGAACAACAUGCAAGGCUCGCAUGGUAGCCAACAGCCAGCUAUUCCAACCCGAGGUGGCGUUGACCAGAUUGCAACCGUUUGACCCCAAAGACCUGCCCUCAGUGUGCCCCAAGGACAUUUUUGAUAAUGCGGAGUCAGACAAUGAGACAAUAGUGUAUGAUCCCUUAGCAAAUGUAAGCUUUGAUGAAAUCAGCAACAGUACCAGUACAAACAAGUCAAAUAUUCCUGAAGAAACAUCAGAUAACAUUUCUAAGCAAUGUGGUAAGCCCAAAAUACCACCUAAAUCAGCCAACACUGAAGUUAGCCUGAAUACAUUCAUAGACACUUUUGAGAAAAUAGUUGGAAAAGAUAAACCCAUAGCUUCUUCCAUCCCUGUUAGAGACACUCGUAAGGUCGUGUUGAAAGAAAGACAAACAAAUACCAACAAAAUUUCAAAGAAGUCUUCUCAUGAUAUAUUGAAAUCCAAAUGUAAGUCUGUGAAAUCAGCUCCUAAGGCAACAACCGUUGCUAAAACGUCAGCUCAAUCAUCGUCUCAAAAAAUUACUGCCAAGCGAUCUCAGAAAACCACUACAAAAAGACCAGGACCAGCUCCUGCCCAUCAGCCUGUAAAGUAUAUCAAAUUGGACAGUGGGCUGGACUUAACUACUAAAUCUACCAACAAAGAACAAUCACCAACCCAGAAACAACCUGAGACAAUCACCAAACAGUGCCAUUGUAGGGACAUUUUACAAGAAAUUGUUAUAUCCUGCCCUCAUCAGGACAAUAUAUAUAGAUUGACUGUGAUGAAAUAAUGACUGUUUGUUCAUGAAGCAUAAGUAAGAAAAAAUGUAUAUAUGUUUUGAAUUAGUCAGUCUCACUCACUUUGAAGUAGUGUAUGCAUAUUUUUACAUGUCCAUGGAAGGACAUUUUUUUCAAGAAGGGGGGUAGUGUGACAACCGCCACAAUCAAUUUUUUGUUUCUAUCAUAUUUUUCAGCAUUUUUAGUAAUUUAUCAUAAUUGAUUUGGUGGAUGUCAGAUUGCCUUACCUUACUUUACUGCUGAUCUUCAUGCAUUAGACAGACUUGAGAUUGUUUUUUAUUUUUCACUUUGGAAGAUCAGUUUUAUUUACGAUGCAGGCGAAGUGAGAGAGACUGACUAAAGGAUGCACUAUAAGGGAAGUAUUUUUGUACUGUAAAUAUGUUAUAUUUAUAUUUUAUGACUGUAUUAACUGAUAUUUAUUCAACUUGGAAUCAUAUUUUAUUUUUCUGAGAUUUAAUUCUAUUUCCGGGUUUAGCUAACUCACUUACGUUAUGGUUUACGACAUUUUUUAGCCAAUCAGGGCUCGCCUUACUUUUAACCAAUCAAAAGUCAGCUUACGUAAAAUCAAUUGUCUCAGUAGAGCGAGGAACGAACUCAGCAUUUUCUAGUCAUACUUUCGGGAUCACUGACUGCGUCAGCACACUGACCAGUCUCGGACUUUGCUGGCUCUUUCGAAACUUAAACUUGCGAAUCGGGAUAGUAUGAAUAAUCAGACUCAGAAAUCGGGG